AUGGCUCCUAUCACUACCAGCCGCGUGGAAUUCGAUGAAAUUCCCACAGUCGUGGGGAUCUUCAGUGCAUUUGGUCUGGUCUUCACUGUCUCUCUCUUCGCUUGGAUUUGCUGCCAAAGAAGAUCAUCUAAGUCCAAUAAGACCCCUCCGUACAAGUUCGUGCAUGUGCUCAAAGGAGUUGAUAUCUACCCUGAAAACCUAAGCAGCAAGAAGAAGUUUGGAGGAGAGGACAAAAAUGAAGCCAAGAAUAAGUCAGCUGUGCCAAAAGUUUCACUGCAUCUUGAUCUGGAGAAGCGGGAUCUCAACGGCAAUUUCCCCAAAACCAAUCUCAAAGCUGGCAGCCCUCCUGAUCUAGAGAAUGUGACCCCAAAGCUCUUCACGGAGAGAGAAAAGGAGGCUGUUUCCCCCGAGAGCUUGAAGUCCAGUACCUCCCUCACUUCAGAAGAGAAACAAGAGAAGCUGGGGACACUCUUCUUGUCUCUAGAGUACAACUUUGAGAAGAAAGCGUUUGUGGUGAACAUCAAGGAAGCCCAGGGCUUACCAGCCAUGGAUGAGCAAUCCAUGACCUCUGACCCAUACAUCAAAAUGACAAUCUUACCAGAGAAGAAGCAUAAAGUGAAGACCAGAGUGCUGAGGAAGACCCUGGACCCUGUGUUUGAUGAAACCUUCACAUUCUAUGGGGUUCCCUACCCCCACAUCCAGGAGCUGUCCUUGCACUUCACCGUUCUGAGUUUUGACAGGUUUUCCAGAGAUGACAUCAUUGGAGAAGUCCUGAUCCCUCUCUCAGGGAUUGAAUUAUCAGGUGGAAAAAUGUUAAUGAAUAGAGAGAUCAUUAAGAGAAAUGCUAAGAAGUCUUCCGGACGGGGCGAGCUUCUGGUCUCUCUAUGCUAUCAGUCCACCACAAACACGCUCACCGUGGUAGUCUUAAAAGCCCGGCACCUGCCGAAGUCUGAUGUGUCCGGACUUUCAGAUCCCUACGUCAAAGUGAACCUGUACCACGCCAAAAAGAGGAUCUCUAAAAAGAAGACUCACGUUAAAAAAUGUACUCCCAAUGCAGUGUUCAACGAACUGUUUGUCUUUGAUAUUCCUUGUGAGAGUCUUGAAGAAAUAAGUGUUGAAUUUUUAGUUUUGGAUUCAGAAAGGGGAUCCCGAAAUGAGGUGAUUGGGCGGUUGGUCCUGGGUGCCACAGCAGAAGGAAGCAGUGGGGGGCACUGGAAGGAGAUCUGUGACUUUCCUAGGAGACAGAUUGCUAAGUGGCACAUGCUCUGUGAUGGGUAG